AUGGCCGGCGAUAAGCCCAACCCGACGCAGCGCCCGGCGCCGGCGCGAGGGCCUGGCGGCGGCGCCCUCCAGCAGCGCAAGCGCCCGGCGCGGACCGCCAGCGGCGGCCGGCGGCCGCAGCAGCAGCCCGGCAUCCUGCGCUUCUACGCCGAGGAGACGCCGGGCCUCAAGAUCGGGCCGACGACCGUACGCGGCCGCGUCGCUUUUAUUUUUAUUGCAGUUUAUUGCAACCGUGGCCUUAUCAUUCGCAUCGGAGGGACGCAUCGAUGGCGUGGAGGUGGUGGAGAUCCCACCGGCACGCCAUCGCCGCGACCGUCGCCGAAUGCACCUCACGCGACGCACGCGCAGGUUCUGGUGAUGUCCGUCAUGUUCGUCGGCUUUGUGGUGCUCCUCCACAUCUACGGCAAGCUCACGGCCGUGCCCGACGCGGUCGACGAGGACCCGAUCAUGCCCGAGACCCCGGGCGCUGAGGGCGCCUAG